GUACACUCCGACCGGUCGGUGUUUAUUUUCCGACGAACUCUAUUUUUUUUAUCCUAAUGAAAUUCUGAGAUUUCGCCCCCAAAUUAAGAAUGCCCAAAACCCUAAUUUCAGUAUAGUUUCAGCUCAACAAUGUAUUCGACACCACUGGGAUUUGCUAAACCCUUAAUCAAUUUCCCCCCAAAUCAAAGAACACAAAAGAAUUGGCACUUCUCUCUCAAACCCACCAAGAAAUCGCAACCCCGUAGCCGCCCACGUGUUCUUCUUUUGCCGAGAGCCGCUUCAAAUCCAAAGCCAUCAGUAAAUUCCGGCGCCGGAGAUGAGGAUUUCGUGACCAAGGUUUUGAGGGAAAACCCUAGCCAAAUCGAACCAAAGUAUUUGGUCGGUAACAAACUGUACACAUUGAAGGAGAAGGAGAAUUUGGGGAAAAAGGGUUUGAAUGAGAGGGUUGCAGGUAUAUUAAAGAGGUUGAAUUUGAAGGAAGUGGUGUCGAAAGGCGGCGGUAAGGAGAGUGGCGACGAUGGUAAUUUCGCGAAAUCCGAAGGGGAGGUGUAUUUGAAUGAUUUGUUGAGGGAGUACAAAGGGAAGCUUUACGUACCCGAGCAAGUUUUCGGUGCUAAUUUAUCCGAAGAAGAGGAGUUCCGCAAGAACGCGAAUGAGUUGCCGAGAAUGAACUACGAUGAUUUUCGGAAAUACGUAAAGAGCGAUACUGUAAAGCUGGUGACGUUUAAGGAGGAUGGUGGGGUUUCGUAUGGUAACUAUGGGUACCGGGAUUUUCUCGUUGAUUUGAAAGAUAUACCCGGCGACAAGAGCUUGCACAGAACUAAAUGGGCAAUGCGACUUGACGAGGAGCAAGUGCAGGAUCUUUGGGAGGUGUACAAGGGUCCGAGGAAUGAAAUAGAGAAGCAAAUGAUGUCCUUUGUAGGAAAAGUACCAGAAUACCCUCAUCCAAUAGCAUCCAAGAUAUCGAGCAGAAUGAUGGUUGAACUCGGAGUGCUAACCGCCGCCAUGGCUGCAGCGGCAGUUGUGGUCGGAGGCUUUUUGGCGUCGGCGGUUUUUGCCGCCACGAGCUUCGUUUUCGCCGUCACUGCGUAUGUCGUAUGGCCUGUGGCCAAGCCAUUUCUCAAGCUAUUUUUAGGCCUUACGUUUGGCAUUCUCGAAAAAGUAUGGGAUAAUCUUGGUGAACUAUUGGGUGAUGGAGGAAUACCUUCGAAAUUAUACGAACUUUAUACCUACGGUGGGGUUUCUGCCAGUAUCGAAAUGCUGAAGCCGAUCAUGCUGGUGUUUUUGACCAUGGUGCUUCUUGUUCGUUUUACACUUUCUAGAAGACCUAAGAAUUUCAGAAAAUGGGAUAUAUGGCAAGGGAUUGAGUUUUCUCAGUCGAAGCCACAAGCACGUGUUGAUGGUUCUACUGGCGUCAUGUUUAACGAUGUUGCCGGGAUCGAGGGAGCUGUCGAAGAGCUCCAAGAGUUGGUAAAGUACUUGAAGAAUCCGGAACUGUUCGACAAAAUGGGAAUAAAGCCUCCUCACGGAGUUCUUCUCGAGGGUCCUCCGGGAUGUGGCAAGACCCUCGUUGCAAAAGCCAUAGCUGGUGAAGCAGGUGUUCCGUUUUAUCAAAUGGCUGGUUCGGAAUUCGUUGAAGUGUUAGUUGGUGUCGGUUCUGCUCGUGUCAGAGAUUUGUUCAAGAGAGCAAAGGUAAACAAACCAUCUGUCAUUUUUAUCGACGAAAUUGAUGCACUUGCGACAAGACGACAAGGAAUAUUCAAAGAAUCUACGGAUCUUCUUUACAAUGCGGCAACUCAAGAAAGAGAGACUACAUUGAACCAGCUCUUAAUCGAACUAGACGGAUUCGAUACAGGCAAAGGUGUCAUAUUCUUGGGUGCCACUAAUCGAAGAGAUUUGCUCGAUCCUGCCCUUCUCCGCCCUGGUCGGUUCGAUCGAAAGAUAAGAAUCCAACCUCCAAAUGCAAAGGGUAGAUUGGACAUUUUGAAAGUUCACGCACGGAAGGUGAAAUUGUCCGAUACCGUCGAUUUGUCUAGUUACGCAAACAACUUGCCAGGAUGGACGGGUGCCAAGCUGGCGCAGCUUCUCCAAGAAGCUGCUCUUGUGGCGGUCAGAAAAGGCCACUCUGCUAUUCUUCACUCGGAUUUGGACGAUGCGGUUGACCGUCUCACUGUGGGCCCCAAGCGUGUGGGGGUUGACUUAGGUCAUCAAGGUCAACUCCGGAGAGCUACCGUAGAAGUAGGGACCGCUUUGACUUCUCAUUUGCUUAGGCGGAUCGAGAAUGCGAAUGUCGAGCUUUGUGAUCGUGUAUCGAUUCAUCCACGUGGACAGACACUCUCGCAAGUCGUGUUUCACCGUUUUGAUGAUGAGUCGUACGUGUUUGAGCGAAGGCCUCAGUUGUUACACCGUCUCCAGGUAUUACUUGGAGGCAGAGCUGCCGAAGAGGUUAUUUUCGGACGGGAUACUUCAAGAGCAUCGGUCGAUUAUCUAGCCGAUGCCUCGUGGCUCGCUCGAAAAAUUAUUUCAAUAUGGAAUAUGGAGAACCCCAUGGUAGUCCACGGUGAACCCCCACCAUGGAGAAAAAGACCUAAAUUUGUUGGUCCGAAGAUUGACUUUGAGGGUUCGCUUUACGAUGACUACGAUUUAAUCGAGCCACCGGUCAAUUUCAAAUUAGAUGAUGAUAUUGCAAAGAGGACGGAAAAAUUGAUGCAUGAAAUGUACGAAAAAACAGUUUCUCUUCUGAGGCAACACAAUGCUGCUUUACUCAAGACUGUCAAGGUUCUUAUUGAUCAAAAAGAGAUUAACGGGGAUGAAAUUGAUUUUAUUAUCGAUAAUUAUCCACCGCAAACUCCCACGAGUCUCGUUUUGGAGGAAAGAAAUCCGGGCACUCUUCCUUUCUUCGAACAAAAUGAAGUGCAGAGUAAUGAAUUAGAGUACACCCUUUCGGGUUCUUGAUCGCCGUUUCUUUUUUUAAUCAAAAACGAGAAGCGUUUCAUCGAGUAUCGUUUGAUUUUUGGGCACAAUAGGAUGGAUCAUUUAGGUUAUUUUUUUUUUUUUUUUUUUUUUUUUUUUCUUUUUAAAAAAAUUUUGGGAUCAAAUCUUUAAGAUUUGAUUUGAGAGCUUUUGAAGAGAAUAUGUUGUAGUGAAAUGCUCUCUUGGAAGAGUUGAGCUCACAGAAUUUGUAAUUAGUAAAGAGUUGCAAGUCAUGGAUUUAUUUCACAUAUUACUAUUAUGGUUAUUAAUAUGGGAAAAAUACAAUUUUCAUCCCCUAA